AUGGGCGGCGGCGGCGACUGCCGGCGGCCCCGCGCUCGGCCCCGCGCUCUGCCGCUGCUGGCGCUGGCGCUGCUGGCGGCGCAGGGCGGCGCGGCGCCGCUCCAGCCCGGCGGCUCCCCCGCGCUCACCAAGAUCUACCCCCGCGGCAGCCACUGGGCUGUGGGACAUUUAAUGGGCAAAAAGAGCACUGGAGAUUUCCCUUAUGUUGAUGAAGAAGAAAACAAGAUCCCACUUUCAGCGUUACCUGAAAAUGUCAAGCAGCUGGAAGACUAUCUGCAGUGGGAAGAAAUGUCCAAAUAUUUGCUAAGGCUGCUGGAAGGAAAUGAAAAUAAAAGUGAUCAUAUCUUAAAAGGAGGGCUUAAAAAGAACACCUGGGAGACAGAAGACAGUACCAGCUGGAAGGAUAUGAUGGAGUAUCUGCUUCAAGUUGUGAAUACGAAAGAAAGCACUCCAAGUUGAAAGGUCUCUCAGCUGCGAAGGAGUGGAAUAAUUUCUGUAAGAGACUAUGUUUCACAAGCCCUCGAUUGUAUUAGAUAA